CUUCAAAUACAUUGCACAAAAUGGCAGCGGCACCCGAGUGGCUGACCCACAAGUACAUCGAACACGCUUUGCGCUCCCACUACAAGGAUGAUGAUCUAACCAUUACUCGGCUACAAAUUAAUCCAGCUCUAGGACCCGGCGAGAAUUACGGCGGAGUGCUGACCCGAGUGAGAGUAAACUUCAAGCUUUCAUCACCCAAGGAGGAAAAGGAGCAGCUGCAAAAUCUGAUUGUAAAGACGGAAAUCGAUGACGAUGAGUUGACCCAGGAGCUGAUGGCACCCUAUGACAUUUACAAUCGCGAGAUGACCAUUUACCAAGAGGUGUUGCCCAAGCUAAGAGAUCUUUUAAUGGAGAUUGGAGAUACUGAAAAGAUCUUUCCCACUGCCAUCUUUGUGGAUCGUGAGCGCAUGGCCAUUAUCUUUGAGGAUCUCUCCGUGGCCGGUUAUGUGAUGGCUGAUCGAGUGCGUCGUCUCAACGAGGAGCAUACUCACCUCAUCCUUCGAAAACUGGCCAAGUUCCAUGCGGCCUCAGCGGUGCUAAAUGAGCGAGAAAAGGGCUCUCUGGAGGGGUACGAUCGAGGAUUCUUCAACAAAUAUACAAAUGCAUACAGCGGCUACUUUGUGGGAGGCCUGCUGGCCGCCGCCCGAUGGAUGAGUAAGGUUCCCAAGCUGGCGCACUACGGAGAGAAGCUGUUCGCCCUGGCACCCCACUACAUGGACAUUGGGCGGGAGUGCUUUGAACCCACUGCUGGCCACGUGAAUGUCCUGGCCCAUGGGGAUGUGUGGACCAACAAUGUGAUGUUCAAGUACGACCAGCUGACGGGACGACCCGUGGACGUGCUGCUCAUCGAUUUCCAGUACUCCUUCUGGGGCUCGCCCUGCAUCGAUCUCCAUCAUUUCUUCAACACUUCGCUAAAGGAGCCCCUGCGCCGAGAUCAGCAGAACGGUCUGUUCCAGUUCUACCACAGCAUCUUUAGUGAAACGCUAAAGAAGCUCGACUACAGCCAGAAUCCCAUUCCCAGUCUCCAUCAGUUCAAGCAGCAGGUGGAGCAGAAGCGCUUUUUCGCCAUGCACUCCACGGUGGUGGUGCAGCCCGUGAUGAUCAGCCAGGAUCCCACGGAUGCCUGCUUCAAUGCUUUGAUGAACGACGACGAGCGAGGAAUACGUUUCAAGAACCGAUUGUAUACCAAUCCCAUAGUGCAGCAGAAUCUUCAGGCUCUGGUCCCGUUCUUCGAUAGAAAGGGGCUCCUGGAAGUGGACCAAACCUGCUAAGGGAGGCCCAGCAAGAACAGCUAUAACUGAGAUAUUCCAUUUUAUAUUUAAAAACUAUUACGUUUCGUGAUUUAGUUUAGUAAAUGUUACGUGAUUCCUAAUUGGAAAUACAUAUAUUAUUUUUAAAGAAAGUAUUUAAUGAAUUUAAGUCUUAAUUUAAAUUUAUAUUUUCUUAAAAGAUUUAAUGCUUAUUUUUAUUUUUUGUUAUUUUAAUUAAUUUUAUUUAUAAAAGACUUACAAUUUGACCAGUUUUCCGAUAUUACAUUUAAAAUAUGUAUAUCCCUCAUACGCCACGUUGCACGUAGAAAAAAAAAACCUAUUAUUAAAUUGGAUACAUAUAGCGA